AUGGCUGACCCCACUGAAUCCACAACCCAUGGUUUGUACCUUACCGGCAACUUCGAAGUCGAGAAGAAGACUUCCCCAGAAAACGGCUGGAGAUCGGAGUACCAAACCUACUCAGUUCUCAUUGGAGCUGGUGGCGCUCAUCGCACUCGCCCAAUGACUUACGAGAUCCAAGCAAAGGGUUUUAGCAACGCUCAGUUUAGAUUAGAGUCUAACACUAUUUACUUCCUGAGAGGCUCAUUUUUCCCCUCCAACACGGAUAAGACUACCGAUGACAUGUUAUUUUUCGAAGCAUCCGACAGAAUCUUAGUCAGACCUGUUGACACUUUUGCUGGGGACACUGUUGAUUCAAUCGGGGUGACAGGAGUUGGAAUUGUCCUGGCCACCAAUCAAAUUCCCAAGCCUAGGACCACUAACUUACUGCCAAACCCUGCUGAUGGCGAGAAGAUUGUUACUGUUGUCACUGUCCUCCAUUCCGACUACCAUCCAACUUCCAAAAUAGCAAAACAGUUCAAAGUCCAAUAUCGUAUUCCCCCUACUCGCAACUUAGCAGGUACCCCAAAGAUUUUGAGGGUCGGCCGCGAAUAUCAAUUUCACGGUUUUCUUAAAGACUUUGACGAAGCGAGCAAGGUAUCGCCAACCAACGGCAACAAGGAGUACGAAGUUGGAACGAAAUCCGAUUCUGACAAUAGCGAAGACAUUAAGCCUAAAGUGUCAACCAAGAGACCUGCCAAAUUUGUGCCAGCACCCCUCAAUGGCACCUCCAAGUCCCCAGUUAUGUUUACCAAUCCAGUAUCUACUCCCAGUCUUGAACUUAAUUCCACCGAACCUGGGCCUUCGUCCUUAUCCUCAGCUUCAUCCAGACCAACACCAGGGUCAUCCCGUGACUCAUCUGAAACUGCUAUUUCUGACCCAGCUCCGAGUCUCCUUGGCAAGAAAAGAAGCCGUGCUCAACCAAAGCGGGUCGGGAAGAAGGGCAAGACACUCGACUUAACUGAGCAAAUAUGA